AUGUCCGGUCACAACCUUCACAAUGCACUCCUGCGGCCCCCCAUUAUCCAGAUUCUCCGAGCUCAAGGAUUUCAUUCAACGCGUCCAUCGGUCCUAGAGUCACUAUCCGAACUGACUGGACGAUAUCUCAUGAUCCUGGCCUCCGCAACAGCCGCGCACGCCGCCAACGCCCAUCCCGAGGACCCAUCCCCAGUCCUCGAAGACGUCUACCAAGCUCUCCAAGAUGCCGGUGCGCUACGACCUCAACUAAAGGAAUGGGAGGAAGACUGGGCAGGUGAAGAAGAUCUGCGCGGUCUCGAGUCACUGAUAGGAUGGAUAACGGGGCCUGCGCAUCGUGAGAUUCGGCGCAUUGCAGGGUUUGUCCCGAGUGAAGGCGAUAUGGUGGACCCGGACGCAAUUGAGAAAGAGGACUUCCUGACAGCGUUAAAGAAAAAGCACAGUAAGACUGGCGAAGAAUCUCGAUACGCGGGGACAGUCCUGGGCAAGAGUGCGGAAGAGCACCCGGUUAUUCUUGAAGGUGGUGCGCCGAGUAUUCGAGAAUGGGGUGCGCAAGUACGAUCUCGGGCACCCAUGAGUCCUGGUGCCAGUGAUACUUCGGGUGUUAGUAGCGCCCCGAGUCAUCUGUCGGAGGAAGAUCGUAUGGAAGUGUGA